UGUGUGUGUGUGUGUGUGUGUGUGUGUGUGUGUGUCCUCAACUGUCUUUGUUAUAAUUAGUAAUUGUCUCUCCUGCCCCUUGUCAAUUAGUACAGGCUUUUAUUUUGUUGAUUUACCUGGAGAUGAUGAUGAAGAAGACAUUGUUUCUCCUGCCUUGAUUGCUGAAGCAAACCCCACCUCAAGUGGACCAAUUACAAUGACUCACUCCAAUAGCGUAAUUGGAUGCCAGUAGUGUGCCAGGCUGCUAGCCAGCCUUAUGAGUGGGCAGGGCAUUGUUGACACGUUGUGCGUUUAGGAGUUUGGGGGGUGGGUUAUACAUCGCUGCACAGCAGGAAAUACGUUGGAGGAGUGACACCUGCUACACGCACACACACACACACACACACACACACACACACACACACACACACACACACACACACACACACACACACACACACACACACAUACAUUAAAAGGCGCAUGCUGCCAACCAAAAAGACUCUUAUCGUCUGUUUGAUCAGCGCCAGCACCCUAACCUAGCUCCUCCAACUGUUUUGGUUUUGGUCGUUGUCACAGCAACGCUCGACGCUACCUAAGCGGGAAGGAAUGCUUCAUCCAACCCUUCGAGCAAGGACUUGAUCAGCCCACCGCUUCUGCUCUCCCUCAUCAGCCUGACGAAGGUCUAGCACCGAAAAAGGCGUGGAAGAAGCGCUGGUUCAUCCUGCGCAGCGGGCGGAUGAGCGGCGACCCCGACGUCCUGGAGUACUACAAGAACGACCACUCCAAGAAGCCCAUCCGGGUGAUCGACCUGCACUGCUGCGAGCAGGUGGACGCCGGGCUCACAUUCAAGAGGAAGGAGUUCCAGGACAGCUUUGUGUUCGACAUCAAGACCUCCGACCGCACCUUCUACCUGGUGGCCGAGACGGAGGACGAGAUGAACAAGUGGGUGCGCUCCAUCUGCCAGCUGUGUGGAUUCAACCAAUCGGACGACAACCACGACGGUCGCUCGGCCCACACGCCUCGGACCUCGGACCUCCAGAACUCGACCGCCGCCUCGUCGUCGGCCCCGCUGAGCGAGCGCAAGCCGUCGGCGCCCGUCCACUCCUCGCAGCCCGUGCUCUUCACCUUCGACGUGCCGCUACGCCACGGCCACCACGGCUCGCUGUCCAACAGCGCACCCCAGGACUACCUCCUGCUGCACCAGUGCAUGAGCAGGAAGUCCGAGAGCGCGAGGAGCGCCAGCUUCUCCCAGUCCACGCGCAGCAGCCUGUUCAUGAGCAGCGACUCUGCGGUGCAGAAGCUGUCCCACGGCCUGUCCCACUGUCUGAACGGCACCGGGGCCCACCUCCAGGGCUUCUACAGCCUGCCCAAGCCGGGCAAGCCCCACCUGGCCGCGCACCACCACCACCACGACCCCGCGGCGGAGGAGGCCUGCUACGUGCUGCCGCGCAGCUACGGCUCGGACGCCACCGCGCUGGACCUGGAGCGCGACGAGGACGAGGACGAGGAGGAGGUGUACACCUUCAAGACGCCCUGCAACGCCCUGGCCGCCGCGGGGCCGUCGGCGCACGGCGAGCGGCCCUCGGACAACUACGACCUGCCCACCACGCCGGGCUCCUUCUACCAGAUCCCGCGCGCCUUCGACAAGAACCACAACUCGCUGACGCCGUCCAGCUCCGAGUCGUCGUCGUGCGUGGCGGCCCCGCCGCCGCCGCGUCCCCCCAAGCCCAGCCAGGGGUCCGACAGCCAGUGGGGGAGCCCGAAGUCGGCAGGCAGCCAGAACGGGGAGGCGCCGGCCAACGGCGUGUCGGUGAUACCGCGGCGGAACACGCUGCCCGCCGUGGAGAACGUCAGGCUGCACCGAGGCUCCUCCUUUGAAACCAACAACCACCAACGCCCCAACGUCUACUUUAACAACUCGGGCCAAUCGGUGGAGUCGGUCAACGAUGGCUACAGCUCCUACCUGAGAACCCGGGCGCCGCUGACCCGCUCGGACAGCGGCAACUCGGACGACAACUACGUGCCGAUGAACCCGGGCUCGUCGCCGCUGAGCGCCGCCGCCGUGCCGGCCGACAGCCCCAAGAACAUCUACAUCCCGAUGAGCCCCGGCCCGCACCACUUCGACUUCCCGGGCUUCUCGGCCACGCUGCCCGCGCGCAAGGGCAGCACCACCUCGCUGUGCCACCGGCCCGGCCGCCUCAGCGACGUCACGCCGCCUCCCGUCAACCGCAACCUCAAGCCCAACCGCAAGUCGAAGCCCACCCCCCUGGAUCUGAGGACCAAUGGGAUUAUCGACGAGCUACCCUUCAAGAGCCCUGUCACCAUGUCGUGGACCAGACCUAUGCCCGCGGUGAACUCCACGUCCUCCCAGCACUGCCGGCCCGUCUCCACCCAGAGCAUCACCAGCACCGACUCCGCCGACAGCGAGGAGAACUACGUUGCCAUGCAGAACCCCGCCUCCACGUCCCCGGCGGUCAGUGGCACCAGUAGCCCCGCCCCCAGGAAGUGUGGGAACGUGGACUACCUGGCGCUGGACUUCCAGCCCGGCUCCCCAAGCCCCUGCAGGAAGGUGUGUGUGUGCGUGUGUGCGUGUGUUAGGCCGUCCACGUCGUCGGUGACUUCUGACGAGAAGGUGGACUAUGUCCAGGUGGACAAGGAGAAGACCCAGGCCCUCCAGAACACAAUGCAAGAGUGGACCGACGUGCGGCAGUCCACCGAGCCCACCAAGGGGGUCAAGUCCUGACCCCGAACGGGGAAACAAUCUCCAAACAACACAGCAACACACACAUUAACAACAAACUAAACCUAAACACCUUCCGACUGGACUCAACGUCGCCCUCCUCCGGUCGCGGUACCAGAGGAACGGAAAGAACCGAUUUUUCUGAAGCAGGAAGUGGUCGCUCGGACGUAAGCAGACUUAAAAGCCAUAACUUUUCGUACGACACGAGGAUGAAAGCCGAUACCCUGACGUUUCACCGCGACCCUAACCUCCCACAACCCCCAAAACUCUUCAAGCGUCCACCCUGCGUGUUGAACUUGAAACUGCUCGUCAUGAACCUGGAUGCCUAUGACUGACCGACCUGCGGCGGAAUCACUUCUGAAACGCCUCCACCUUCUCUGCCUCACUGAUGGUUACGUACCUGUGUGUUACCUGCCUGUUACCUUCAACUGCUAAGACCGCCCUGAUGCCGCUACCAGGUCAAUGCAGGCCCUGAUCUGCUAACAACGAAAUCCAAACUGACGUGUUCGAACAGAGUCGAAAGGUCAGGUUUGAGAAUAUCUUGUUUCACCGCGAUACGCCUCAUUAAAUGAAUGGGUUGCCGUCACUGUAUUGUAGGCUGUGGAGUUUGACAGCAUUUGGACGGCCGUUGGACAGCCUAUACGAAUACCCCAAUUUAGAAUUAGCUUGAAGUAUGUCAGGGACUUAAUGACCCAAUAACUACGGUCACUUACUAGUUUGGGUUGGAGGGAGGGUCUUCCAGCAGACUGCAGGGGGUUGACGGUUGGAAACUCUUCCGAAGACACCUUGAGCAAGGCAUGUUACACCUCAACUCACCACGCUGAAGCUGAUCCACACCUCGAAUGACGGCUGUUUUAAAUGUGCGUAUGUUUCUGUGUAUGUGGCUGCCUGUGUGACUGUUUGAGGGUGCUUGCUGUCCA